AUGAAUCGAAAAAAAAGGUCCGUUGCACAGCGGGCACUGCAGCAGUGUCUACGGCGCCUGCCUGUAGGUCACAGUGUCAUUUAUCUUAAUGAGCUGAGUGCUCACAACCAACUCUCCUUUCUUACUCAAUGUUUUGGCCAAGGCUCUGGGAGCGAAUGCGGCGGCGACGCGGGGUGUUUGGGAGAUAUUCACAUUGGGUUUGAGGGAUCCACUUUUCACCCGCCGCCGCGGCCAAUGCAACAGCAGACAUUAGCGGAAGCCGGAAAGGAGAGCCGUCCUCCCCGUCAUGUCACCACGCCGCUAUCCGGUGGUGUGGUGUCCCGUUUGCUGCUACCGAAGAUGACGUGCGGUCAGUUGUCGGCGUACCGCGCCCCUCAUUUGGACCUUCUGCCGCGCCCGCAACUUUUCCUUCUUUUAGUGCCGCGGCGUCUGUUCACUUCAGUCGGUUCUUGUUUCUCCACCGAGGCGCUGCUGAGGCGUCACUUAGUUGACGUCCGUGGUGUGUUGCACUGGCGAGAACACGUGAGAACGUUACCAAAUGCGGAUACCACGGGGCACAGGCGGGAAACGGAGUCGGGAUCAGUAAUGCUUCUGCCGACAUGGGGAUGCAGUGCGGCUCAGGCGCGGCAAGCUGUUGCAAUGGCAGCCAUUGGCGAUUUUCGUGUGUUUCUGUUGGGUCGUGGUCGACAGCGGUUGCUCUCAAGUCAAGCGUUGAGUGUGCAGGAGCUGGGUCGCUGGUGUCCAGCCGCCUUUCGCAGCUUUCAGUUGGAUAUACUUUCAGUUGAGCAGACGCCGGUAUCAUCACGGUCGUUCACACUUUCUUUGUUGGAUGAGGCGAGGCGUGGGUUUCGUGAGUGGGGCCGGUCUGUAAACAAAUUAGUGGACGGUAGUGACUCGUUGAAGGAAGGGAAAAGGGAUACGGGACGGGGAAAAUGUGCGAUAUCGCUUUCCGUUGCCGAAGCUGUGCUGGAUGUGCGGUGUGAUGCUGCCGUGCCUUGGGCAUCGGUUGCUGACAGCUACUUGAGUGCUAAGCUUUUUGAGGCACUUCACGACCGACGUCAUUGGUGUGCCUUGGAUGCGAUGAUACAUGCCUCACAGUACGUUGUGUUGCCGUUUCUUGUUGGUGAACUCUCAGCAAACGGCACCUACGGCGCUAACGAAAAGUGUUGCUCUUCAAAACUUACGCGGCUUCUGCGUUGGUCGGAUUUGCAAUCGAUGUUCCGCUGGCGUCACUUUGAACCAGUAUUUGGCCCACUGUCCCAGUUGGUGCGACCUGAGGAUGUUACAGCCAUUGGGGGUGGCCGUGAUCCCUUUAUACUCCCCCUACACGACACAUUUGUUCGGCUCUUCCUUCUUCCCCGCAUGCGUAUUUAUUACGCUGAGCGACAUAGUGCUGCUAGGGGUACUUUUGGUCACCUUGCAUCGCAUAACAAGGGUGACAGAGCAAGGGAACCAAAGGUGGGAAUGGAGGGAGGAGGAGGUGAGGAGGAAGCCACAGUUGAUAUACUGGACUGCUUUAACGAGCUUACGCGUGAGGUGGGUAUGAAUCGGGCGUGUGACAGCUUAUCUCGGGGGUGUGGCAAGGGAGUUGACCGGCUUUCCAUGCCAAAGGAGGAACGUCCCGGAACCUCACGCGCACCCUCCUUUACCGUCAUGGAUCUGCCCGCACUUGUGAAAUAUCUGUUUUACUUUCCUGAGUGCUUCGAGGUUUCUCGAAGUGGCAUGGACGUAACGUUUAGGUUACGAGGAAGCUGA